AUGGGUUGGCAGGACUACGACACGGCGCGGGCCAAGAAGCGCCUCAUCGUGCUCUGCGACGGCACUUGGAUGAACAGCGACUACGGCUAUGUCAAGCCCGGCCUCCUCAACGGCAAGGGCGGCCUGCAGGUGCCUUCGAACGUGACGCGCAUUUCGCGCUGCUUCAAGCGCCGGUGCGGCGACGGGACCUUGCAGAUCAUCAACUACGAGUCGGGCGUCGGCAGCGGGAGCAACAUGCUGGACAGCGUGACCGGAGGCGCCUUUGGCGUCGGCCUGGCAGAGGUGAGUCUGCGCGUCCGCGAGGCGUACGCCUACCUAUGCGCCAACUACCGCGACGGCGACGAAAUCUUUCUCGUGGGCUUCUCCCGGGGUGCAUUUACUGCCCGCUCCGUCGCCGGCAUGAUUGCCAAUCUCGGCCUGCUCACGCGCGAGGGCGUUGAACACUUCUACCCCAUCUUCAAGGAUAUGCAGCACUGGAUGGACGACGACUACGACGACCCAUUCCCGAACAGCCCCUUCCCGGACAAGCCCAAGGGCCCGCACGCCGACGAAGAGUACCGCGUCCGCCUCGCCAAGAUGGGAUACACGCGCGUCCAGCAGCAGAACGGUGCCCCCAUCACCAUCAAGGCCGUCUGCGUCUGGGACACGGUCGGUAGCCUGGGAAUCCCGCGCAUAGCCUGGCUUGAAAAGAUGGGCAUCCAGCACGCUUUUCAGGCCCUCGCCCUCGAUGAGACCCGACCGCCAUUCAGUCCCGCCGUCUGGGAGCGCCCACGGAAAAUGAGGCUCAGGACAGACCUUAGGCAGGUCUGGUUUCCUGGAAAUCACGGAAACUGCGGGGGCGGCUGGGAUGACCAGGGGAUGAUGGAUCAGAUGGCAAGUGUGGGUGUCGAGUUUGACAGGCCGUCGCUCGACCGAGUUAUCCAGCAAUCUACAGAAUUCUACAUGCAGGCUCGUGCACAAAACGCUAAAAAGAGUCGCCGAGUUAUGCAGCAGUGGGCUGUGGAUCCCAUCUACGAGAGCAACCGGCCGGUUCGACCAUGGGCUCUGGGUCAGAUUCAAAAGGACUCGAGCCUCCUCUUCAAACUCUCGGGCGAGACGACAAGGACGCCUGGCAUUUACCGGCAGGUCGACCCCAAGACGAGACUCGAGAGGGGCAAGUUUCUUGAAGACACAAACGAGAGCGUCCACAGCUCUGUGCGAGUCCGUCUGGCGUGCGAGGGGCUCGGCCUGAACGACCAGUCAAUAUGGACCUGCAAGGCGCUCGCGGACUGGCGGCUCAAAAGGGUCACGGUCGCCCGCGACGUCCCCGUGCGGGACGCAAGUGGCCGCGAGUUCUACAAGGAGCAGCUGGAGGAGCGCUGGGUGUGGAAGUACGUGGGAGACGAGAGGCGCGCGCCUGAAGAUCCGAACCAGAGGACCAUGUGGGAGGAGCCGCUUGGGUACUACGAGCGGUACCUGCUCGACAUAUCGGGAGGCUCGCCGAACGUGUUUGACUAUGCUGACAGGAGGGCGAAUAAAAGCAAAAGGAGGAAGCCGUCGUCGCGACCGAGGAGGCGGCGUCAAUAG